UGCGCGUGAACGUUCACGUCAGGAGAGCUGACGCGCAGCUUGGAUGAAACUUGUCCGGACGAAACUUUAACAUUCAUUGCGCAAUGUCCGUCACAUGAACUACGACCUUUUAUUUAUUUAUUUUCGGUGGAGAGGGCGACGGGUUCAGUAUUUCCAUGUCCGCAGCUCUGCUAAUGUCUGACGACGGGGAAGAAAGCGAUGGCAGAGAGAAGAGCCUUCGGUCCGAGUCUCCCUCUCCGCCUUUGUGUCUUCCCCAGGGAUCACCUUCCUGUCGACGGCCCCUGGACCUCUUCUCCUCAACCUCUCCGCUUCUGGAGGACCCGGAUCCCUCGUACCUGGCCUCACCGGGCUGUCUCCGCUCAUCCUCGGAGAACCGAGACCCCGACGAUUCCCCUCACCUCACGCCGCCAAAGUUCCACAAAUGUAGCAGGGACUCUCCGCACCAGUACACGCACCUCGACGUGGUGUGCGAACACUACGACGAGCCGCUGCCCCCCUGGAAAGGACGCGGCUCCGGGAACGACGGGAGCCUUCAGCACCGUGGACAGCGCGCUGACCAAUGCGUCCCGGAGCCUCCAGACUGUGGCAACCACCACGCCAAAGAGCAUAUGAACCCCGAAGUGAACUCCGACUCCCGGCAUUCGCUGGAAACUAUGCAUCGUCGGCACACCACACUGAGGGAGAAGGGGCGUCGCCAGGCAGUCCGCGGCCCAGCCUACAUGUUCAAUGAGCGUGGUUCAGCUCUCACUGCAGAAGAGGAGCGUUUUUUAGAUGCUGCCGAGUACGGGAAUAUUCCGGUAGUGCGUAAAAUGCUGGAAGACUCCAAAACCCUCAACUAUAAUUGUGUGGACUACAUGGGUCAGAAUGCGUUGCAACUGGCUGUAGGAAAUGAGCAUCUUGAGGUAACUGAGCUGCUCCUGAAGAAGGACGGCUUGGCUCGGAUCGGAGACGGCCUCCUUCUGGCUAUUUCCAAGGGUUACGUUCGCAUCGUCGAAGCCAUCCUCGGCCACCCUGCCUUUGGCGGGGGUCUCCGCCUGGCUUUGAGUCCUCUGGAGCAGGAGAUGCGCGAUGAUGACUUCUACGCUUACGAUGAGGAUGGAACACGUUUCUCACAUGACGUCACACCCAUCAUCCUGGCUGCUCACUGCCAAGAGUAUGAGAUAGUUCACAUUCUCUUAACCAAAGGGGCUCGCAUAGAGAGGCCUCACGACUACUUCUGCAAGUGCUUAGAGUGUGUGGAGAAACAGAAAAAAGACUCGUUCAGUCAUUCACGCUCAAGGAUGAAUGCAUACAAGGGCCUGGCCAGUGCAGCUUACCUGUCACUCAGCAGCGAAGACCCAGUGUUGACUGCCCUGGAGCUCAGCAACGAACUCGCCAGACUGGCCAACAUUGAGACAGAGUUCAAGAAUGACUACCGUAAGCUGUCCAUGCAAUGUAAAGACUUUGUGGUGGGAGUGUUGGACCUGUGUCGGAACACCGAAGAGGUGGAAGCCAUCGUGAACGGCGAUGUUGACCUGUGCCCGCCGAGCCCCUACAACCGACCCUGCCUCAGCCGUGUCAAACUGGCCAUCAAGUAUGAAGUGAAGAAGUUUGUCGCCCAUCCGAACUGCCAACAACAGCUACUGACCAUUUGGUAUGAGAACCUUCCUGGUCUUAGGCAGCAGUCGAUUGGCGUUAAAUGCUGGACCGUGCUGGGGGUCACCGUUGGCCUGCCACUCUUGGCUGUUGCCUACUGGAUCAUGCCAUGUAGCAAGUUAGGUCAAACCUUAAGGAGCCCAUUUAUGAAAUUUGUGGCUCAUGCGGUCUCCUUCACCAUCUUCCUGGGUCUACUGGUGGUCAACGCCUCCGACCGCUUUGAGGGCGUCAAGAACCUCCCAAAUGAGACCAUUACGGACCACCCGCGGCAGGUGUUCAGAGUCAAGACCACACAAUUUUCCUGGACAGAGAUGUUGAUCAUGAAGUGGGUGUUGGGUAUGAUUUGGUCCGAGUGCAAAGAGAUCUGGUGCGAUGGACCCCGAGAGUACAUCAUGCACCUGUGGAACCUUCUAGACUUUGGCAUGCUUUCCAUCUUUGUGGCGUCCUUCACGGCACGAUUCAUGGCGUUCCUGAAGGCAUCCAAAGCCCAGGAGUACGUGGACUUGCAUGUGCCAGAUGAUGACCUCAGCAAUGCCUCGCUGCCUGAUGAGGUGGCCUACUUUACAUUUGCCAGGAACAAGUGGCGCCCAUCAGACCCCCAGAUCAUCUCUGAGGGUCUGUACGCCAUCGCGGUUGUGCUGAGCUUCUCGCGCAUCGCCUACAUCCUUCCAGCUAACGAGAGCUUCGGCCCACUGCAGAUCUCGCUGGGCCGUACGGUCAAAGACAUCUUCAAGUUCAUGGUCAUCUUCAUCAUGGUGUUUGUGGCCUUCAUGAUUGGCAUGUUUAACCUGUACUCUUACUACCUGGGAGCCAAAUAUAAUCCAGCCUUCACCACAGUGGAGGAGAGUUUUAAGACUCUUUUCUGGUCCAUCUUCGGGCUGUCGGAAGUGAUCUCAGUAGUGCUGAAGUAUGACCAUAAGUUCAUAGAGAACAUUGGUUACGUGCUGUACGGGGUCUACAACGUCACCAUGGUGGUCGUCCUUCUCAAUAUGCUCAUUGCCAUGAUCAACAACUCGUACCAGGAGAUUGAGGAGGACGCUGACGUGGAGUGGAAGUUUGCUCGUGCCAAGCUGUGGCUCUCCUACUUCGACGAGGGUCGCACUUUGCCUGCCCCCUUUAACCUGGUCCCCAGCCCUAAGUCCUUCUACUACCUGGUCUUGCGCAUCAAGUCAGGCUUGUUAGGAAUCUGCAAGGUGGGCAAACACCAGCACGGCAAUGAGUUGGAGCUUGGUAUGCUCAACUCUCAGGGAAAGCAGGGUGAACACUUCAGGUCUUACCGUCCUGCAGGAGAAGAAUUCCAGAAUUUGUCCAGAAAUUCUAGAAAACAUCCAACCAGAUAUGAGAAGAUCAUGAAGCGACUCAUUAAGCGUUAUGUGCUCAAGGCCCAAGUGGAUAGAGAGAGUGAUGAAGUCAACGAAGGUGAGCUGAAGGAAAUCAAGCAGGACAUUUCCAGCCUUCGUUAUGAGCUGCUAGAGGAGAAGUCAGAGGCUGCCGGGGAGCUGUCCCUGCUUAUUCAGCAACUCAGUGAGAAAUUUGUGUCAAGUAAACUCGACCGGAGUGAAUGGUGUUGACAAUGCUAUUCUGAUUGAAAUAGAAGACUGCUUAGUAGAUGAAGAGGUGAAGAAGAAAAAAGCGCUGCCAUGAGAUAUGGACACAUGUCCAACCAGGAGACGAAGGCAUGGGGAAGAAAAAGAGGAAAGAAAUCUUUAUUCACACUGCACAGGCUUGCAUUUUCUCAUGACAGACGUGUCAAGAGACUACACAGCCCUUUAUACUCCAGGCAGUCUAAUUAAAUCUAUUGUGCAACUAGGGGAAAAGUGAUCAUCGAAAAAAAAAUAUGUUGAAUUGAUUAAAACUUUUCACUAAGAAACAUGACAUUACCUUUCAAACACAAUGAUCUGUUUCAAAACACAACUCCAUGUGAUGUGACAAAAAAAAAUAAGCUCUGUUAAGAUGGGUAUACACAUACUAACUUUUAAUAUCCAACCGAUUUUGAAAAUGUGAGAAACCCCACAUAUAAAAAAAAAAAAAACAAUGUGAUCUUACCGCCCGGACAGAUCACUAGACCAAGCUAUUCUCUCUGACUAAUCUUUACAGACAUCCAGGAAUCAGUCCUUGGAUGACUUUGAAAGAGAGGAGACAUUUUAGAAUUUGGCCGGUAUGUGUAAACCCCGCUUGACAUUGUUUUAAAAAAUGUGAUCAUGAAAUCCCCCCAUGGAGCCUUUUACCUCACGUGCCAGUAAGUGUAUGCAAACAGUACACUUUUAAUGGUCUUAAAGAUUGUGUUAGUUUGAUCAUUUGUAGCUAAAUUCCAAGUCUUCUUAACCUGCCUUAUACUUACGAUAUGAUGUUACUCGACAAUGGGCUUACUAUAAUUUUGCCCAUUGCUUUGAAAGACAUGGUUUAUUUAUCAUUUGUUUAAGAUGAAUUCUCUCUAAAACUUGACCAAAACCUUUUGGGGUUUUUGUCGACUCAAACUAACUCACACAAAGAAUUGACUUCAAUGUGACUAUGUUCAUCCAAAAAACUAAAAUCAAAACUAAAAUGGUGGCCAGAAAUAGUACUGCAGUUUGAGAGAUUAAAUUACAUCCAUGCAGACUUCCCCGUGACAGCAGUAUUCCAUUUAGUUCAACAACUGCUACGGAAACAUUCAAAAAGAGAUUCUCAUAAAAAAAAGAAUAAAUUAAUAGAUUAAUUGUUCAUUUUCCCCAUCAUUUAUUCGAUAGCAAAUCCCUGAUGUAAAAACACAAAAGCCAAUGAAAAACACUUGCAUGCAUACUAAAUUUACAGAGUUCUUGGACCUUUAAGUUUUAGAGUUGUGAGGGUCCAUGGUUUGAAAUUGUGUCAUUAAAUUGUGGUAGAGAAGCCACCCAAGCACACGGAGAACAAGCAAACUCCACUCUGAAAAAAUGAAGACUGAACUCAAGACCUUUUAUUUGUGCUGACCACUUACCCACUGUGCUGCCCACAUAUAAAAUAUAAUUUCUAUUGUGCCAAAUGUCACACUGCAAAUGUUAUCUUCUGGCACAUUUUGUAUAUGUAGCAAUUGCUCAUUUAUAUUUAAAAAAAAAAAAA